UUCCUCUGCUGAAUACACCUUAGGCUGUAACGUGAGACACCUCCCACCCAGCACCCAGUGAACCACCUCCACCUCCCUUCACCUCUCCAGGAACCAGGAACUCCCCAGGCUCCAGCAUGACUUCCAAAUCCUCUUUCUGAUGACUGGGAACCAGGGCUGAGAUUUCAGGAUCCCACAAGCAGGGACUUAAUUUUCUUUUUAUCACCCGGUGUCCUUUCCCCUUUGAAAAUCACCAACAUGUUCUCCAGGAAACACCUGAAACUUCUUCUCAUCGGUAAUGCCGGGGUGGGGAAAUCUGCACUGAUGCACCAGUAUGUGAAUAGUCGUUUUAGUAAUCAUUACAGAGCAACUAUAGGUGCGGACUUUUUCACCAAAGAAGUGCGAAUAGGUGAAAAGCUGGUGACCGUACAGAUUUGGGAUACAGCCGGCACAGAACGCUUUCAGUCACUAGGGGCAGCACUGUACAGGGGAACAGACUGUUGUUUAUUAGUAUUUGAUGUCACAUCACCUACUUCAUUCCAAGCCCUGGAGACUUGGCACAAGGAAUUCCUGGUUCAAGCUGAGCCUGCGGAUCCUGAUGGAUUCCCUUUUGUUGUGAUUGCCAACAAGACAGACUUAGAAGAACGUCAGGUGUUUCGACGCCAGGCCCAGGAGUGGUGUAAUGUUUACAAAGCUGAAUAUUUCGAAACCAGUGCCAAGGAGGCAUUAAACGUGGAUGAAGCGUUCCUGUGUGCCACCAGACUAGGACUGGAAAAUCAGCGGGAACCGAACAAUAUGCAGAAUUCUUUACUUUUAUCAACAAAAGAAGACACUAAACCUAAAGGCAAAUGUGAUUGUUGAAGAUGACCCAUCACGGCAGAUUAAAAUAGCUAGUUAUGUCAAUUUACAUUAUAUAGGAAAAUGUAGGACUGGACGUUUGGACACUUGUAUCACUAUGUUGAUAUUGUAGAUAUUCACAAGGUUUUCCGGCUAUGGAAUCUAUUUAAUAAAUGUUGCUAAAGCCAGAAGACAUUCCAAGUGGAAGACAAAAGCUCCUUCAUGAUACGUAUCUGCACAAAAUAAUGAAGAAAGGGUUUGGGAUUGUCACAAAUUUACAAUAAAAAUGUUUUUUCC